AUGAUUAUACUUACAGGGGAACUAUCUCUGGCGGUUUCAAUAUUUUUUAGUCCAUAUCAUGCCAAACUGCAGGCAUUGAAGCAGAAGGUUCAUGAUACACUGAAUUGUGAUUCAAGGGCAUCAGUUAUUUGCUUAAACCCAGUCGGCAAAACAACUACGGGCAUGCCCACGAGAUUGCCCACGCAAACAAGUUCCCAGUCAGUCGCAUUCCCUACAAAGGCAUCCACUUUGAAACUUUCUCUUACUUCUCAAAAAAGGAUCACGCGGGAAGGAAAUAGUUUCAAGUGUAGUACAUACUUGGAUAUAAUCUACAGCAGGCACAACACGGGCCCGCCGGAGUUCAAGAGGCCACUGGUCUUGGGCUUCGUAAUCGUCAUCCAGGCCCAAUCGCUGCCACUGGUCAAAGUGGGCCAACAUGUCAACAUCCAUGGUGAAGUUGAGAAUUCCUUGAGCAGACUCAACAGUGCAAUUGGACCUUGUUUUAUUUAUUAUCAACUGCACUUACUUCCAUCUCGGCAUCCUCAAGGUACCCCACGUUUAGCUUCGUCACAUCAACGGCGAACGGGUCAGAAAACGAUAGAAAAAAAUGAUACCAAGCUCUCGGAUAAGCUCAAAACACCAGUUCGGCCCACAGUUCCAAAGGUUGGCCUUAAUGCCGUUGAGCCACAUCGAGCAGCAGGAUACGUGAUUGAUCCAGCAGUUUCUGAACCAAUUGCAAAAGGAACCAAACCUGCAAAAAUCGGAUGUGCAGUAAAUUAA